AUGAGGAUAUCAGGGGUGACUGAGGCACUAAGACAGUCUGUGCAGGGGCUGCUGGAAGAGCGAGAGCAGCAGAAGUACCAGAUCUGUGCCCUGGAAGCAUCACUAAGGUUGCUGCAGGGAGGCCCAGAGCGGAGGGCCCUCCUCCUGGAGCAACGCCUGCAGGGGCUGAGAAGGGAACUGCAGGGCCUUCGAAGCCAGGUGCAGGAACAGGGCCAAGCCCAAAUACAAACAGGACCACGAAAGUGCAGUGCUUCUAGUGGCCUUCACCAAGAGCUGCAGAAUGAGUAUGUGAUGGGCCAGCACCAGGAGCUGCUGCUGAAGCAGAUGGCUGAGGGGCAGCAAGCUCAGGCCCACAGCUGGAAGAUGUUGGAGCAGUUCCAAAGUGGCCAGGAGGGCAAGGGUCACACCCUGGAGGCUUCCAGGACAGAGGCACAGGAUGCCCGGCGUGAACACAACCUCCACAGGACUUCUGUUCACAUCCUGCAAUCUCAGCUGCCUGUGGCUGCCACCUUCGCCACAUCUCUUUCUUCAUCUAGCUCUGAAGUCAGUCUUCUGGACAAUCUCCAGAGGAGCACACUUUCUAAACUGGAGCCCAGCAGCUUACAGCUCUAGGCCCAGAGCCUUGAGCAGGAGAACCUCUUCUUUAAGGGGCUCACAAUGUUCCUGAGUGACCUGUAAGGACUUGAAAGAGUAGUUUUGCUCACCUUCCCCUCCAAGGCCCUGUUUCUGGGCCCCCUGCCCCUCUUUCUUGAUCUAGUUGGUAUCUGCCCUCCCUACUGAGGCUUGUCACUGCCUGCCCAUCCCUGUCCACCAACUGCAAUAAAAUGUUUUAACCCUCCC